CACUCCGCAACGACUGAGUUACGGAGAAGUGGCCGCUGAGUCCUGGGCUUUGUGAUGUUCAUGGCGAAUGGGAUGAAAGCGCGACUGCAGCGACUCAACUUGUUCAACAUCAAACAGGAACAGAAAGAUGUCCCAGAGAUCAUCAGUACGUUGAGGCAGGCUGGCAAAAGCUCAGCACGCAACAAUGACCUCACCAUCGAUCCCAACAAGACGUCCACCGGAACCGGAGGAGGUGAUUCCUCUGAAACAUACGUUUCCUGUUCGUCGUCUGAAACAAACUCCACAAAUCCCACCUCGGUUGUGUCUCCAUCAACCUUUGCCAAAAAAUUUGAGGUUCUGUUUUGUGGCAGAGUGAGUGUUGCUCACAAGAAAGCCCCACCCGCCCUAAUAGAUGAGUGCAUCGAGAAGUUCAGUCAGCUACAUAGCUCAGGGACUACUGACAAAGGAGGAAAUAGUGGGAGACUUGUGGAUGGGCUGAGGAGGGCAUUAAGCUUGCAGUCCAAUGAACUGGGAGGUGGUUCUGCUCGUAAUGGUUCAGCGGGGAGCACCACUUCUGGAACUCGACAUGUUCUGUUCAAGCGAGACCACAGUUUCCCCAGUUUACAUGCUCUGGAUGAGAAUGGACUUUCACCAGAGAUUUCCAACAUGAACACUACAGAUUCACUCACUCCUUCGAAAGUCCACCCCACCAGCCUGCAGGAGAACCGGACCAUGCUGUUCACGGUGGGCAGGUCCCAGAUCUUCUUGGUUAGUCCAGACACUAAGAAAGUGGCCAUAGAAAAGAGCUUCAGAGAAAUCUCCUUCUGCUCCCAGGGAAUCCGUCACGUUGAUCACUUUGGCUUCAUUUGCAGAGAAACUGUUGAAGGUGGAAACUUGCACUAUGUGUGCUAUGUCUUCCAGUGCACCGAUGAAUCACUGGUGGAUGAAAUCAUGCUGACUUUAAAGCAGGCGUUCACGGUGGCAGCCCUGCAGCAGAAUGCAAAGACCCAGAGCCAGCAGUGUGACAGCUGCCCCAUGCAGCAGCUCCACAGGCUGUGUGAGAGAAUAGAAGGUCUGCACCCAGCUAAAACCAAACUGGAGCUUCAGAAACACUUGGCCACUCUGGACAACGACGAGCAGGCUUCAGUCUUUGAGAACACUAUGCGAGCUCGGCCGAAGAGUGACCAGGAAGAAAACGAGUUAGUGAUGGUCUCUCUGAGAAACCUCUGUGAGGAGAAACAGAAGAACCAUCAGCAUAUUUGGCCUGGAGACAACAAGCGGGCAUGUGAGGAUGCAGCUCCUCAGGAUUCUCAGCAGCAGAGCAGCAGUCGGCUGGAGGCGUUCAAGAGCAGAGCAAAGCGCUCUCUUACAGAGUCUCUAGAAGGCAUCUGGAAGGGAAGCAGCAGGUCCAGACCUCAGAGGGACAACAGUCAGGGAAGUGAGAGCAGCUCUUCUAAUUAUAUCUGCAACAGCAGCCAAGAGCAGCCUUCUCUUGAUGACUCCUUGUCUUCCUCACCUCUACGACCCACCAGCCCACUCAGGGGCCACAACUCAACAGGAGACCUGAAGCUUCUUGACAGAUCAUCUCCUCUGUUCUCCUCUUCCUCUCUGCCCGGCGAUCCUGAGCUACAGGGCUUCCGCCGACGCGCCAGCACUUUCAGCCAUUCCCCCACCUCCUCUUCGGUACUCGAGUAUUCUCCACUGCAGAAACUUCCCCACGCAGGGCAAGACCCCGGUGCAGCUACCAAACCCAAACUCGUACGACACUACUCUGUCAGCACCGACUCCCCACACCAGAGCAACGAUGUAGCCGCUCUUUCUACACCAACAAAGGAAAGUCCUCUGCCGAGUCAGCGGCACUCAUGGAGGCAGCAGAUCUUCCUGCGAGUCGCUACGCCUCAGAAAGGCACAGACACAAGCGAGCAUGUGGAUCCCUGUCUGGAUGGAGCUCGGGUGUGCGUGGGCCACGUGACGGCUGUCGGAAGCGGGGACUCCUCCAUGAGAGCGGUGCCAGAGGAGGGGACAAAGAGGAGCGGAGAGGAGCUGAGGGAACUGUGGAGGAAGGCCAUAUGGCAGCAGAUCCUGCUGCAGCGAAUGGAGAGGGAGAACCGGAAGCUGCAAGCCUCAGAGAGCGAUCUGCAGAACAAGCGCCUGAAGUUGGACUAUGAGGAAAUCACUCCGUGCCUGAAGGACGUCACACUGGUGUGGGAGAAAAUGCUGGGAACUCCUGGGAGGUCAAAGGUCAAAUUUGACUUUGAGACCAUACAUGCUGCUGUUGCACAAGGUGUCCCGAGGCAGCAUCGGGGUGAGAUCUGGAAGUUCCUCUCCGAGCAGUUCUUACUCCGGCAGACUGUUCCCUUGCGGUCUCCGUCCAAUCAGACGCCGUACAAAGAGCUGCUGAAACAACUCACCUCGCAGCAGCACGCCAUCCUCAUAGACCUGGGUCGCACUUUUCCUACUCACCCAUACUUCCAAGCCCAGCUGGGGGCAGGGCAGCUCUCUCUGUACAACAUACUGAAAGCCUACUCUCUGCUGGACCCUGAGGUGGGUUACUGUCAGGGCCUGUCCUUCAUCGCUGGAGUGCUGCUUUUGCACAUGGGGGAGGAGGACGCCUUCAACAUGCUCAAAUUUCUGAUGUUUGAUGCAGGUCUUCGUAAACAGUACCGGCCUGACAUGAUCAUCCUGCAGAUUCAGAUGUACCAGCUGUCUCGGCUGCUUCACGACUACCACAGAGAUCUGCACAGCCACCUGGAGCAGCAGGAGAUCGGGCCCAGCUUGUACGCCACCCCCUGGUUCCUCACUUUGUUCGCCUCACACUUCCCCCUCGGCUUCGUGGCCCGUGUGUUUGAUAUGUUGUUCCUUCAGGGUUCAGAGGUCAUCUUCAAAGUGGCGUUGAGCCUCCUUGGCAGCCACAAGCCUCUUAUUCUGCAGCACGACAGCCUGGAGUCCAUAGUGGACUUCAUUAAGACCCUGUUGCCCAACCUGGGCCUGGUGCAGAUGGAAAAAACUAUCAACCAGGUUUGUGAGAUGGACGUGUCCAAGCAGCUGCAGGCCUAUGAGGUGGAGUACCACGUCCUGCAGGAUGAGCUCUUGGACACCCCCCCAACACUCAACCAGCAGCAGAGAGCUGCCCAGCUGGAGAGGACCAAUCAGAGCCUCCGACAGCAGAACCUGGACCUGCUGGAAGAGCUUCAGGUGUCCCACGCACGAGUCUGCAGCCUGGAGAGUCGAGUGGAGGCUCUGGCCCAGUCGGAGGGCCAGCUGAAGGAGCAGGUCUCUGCUCUGGAGGAGGAGAAGCAGCAUCUGGUGAGCACCAUCACACGCCUCCAGAACGUCCUCACCAUGCUGGGAGUGCAGCAGGAUGGGCAAACACUCCCCUGACCCUCUGAAAGACGGGACGAGGACUCUGUGCCUCCUUCACUUUCAACACUUUCAGCAACGCAGUCAUCAUCCGUCAGGUGGGGACGAUCCCCGGAGGAGCAAGUUAUGGGAGAACGAUGUUCCAAAAAUGUUGGCGAGUGGAGGAGCUGCUGGACUGAGAACCAUGAAAUCAAACAAGAACCUGAGUGGGCUUAAAGAACAAACGGAACAGCACCGUCCUCUGCGUCGCACAUUUAACCUGACAAACGGCCCCCACAGUUAGCACUGCCCCCGACUGUGAAACAGUCUAGAGAGCACGGCCCGCGUUCUGCAGGCGACUUCCUACGAGACUAAAACAGCCAAAGAAUAUUUUUGUAUUUCAGCUGGAAGAACAAAGAGUCGGCGACAGUAUUCUGAAUCGUGGCGAAGAUCUCAGAAAUGAAAACAAGCCGUUCCCAAAGAAAAGCCAACAAGUUCUCAA